GGGUGCGCCCUCCCAGAGGAUCUGGAUGUCACUGCGCCGAGCAGCCGCUGCCAUGGGGCCCGUGGUGCUGGCCCUCGCCCUCCUGGGCACCGCCGCCGCCACCCCUGCCGACAGCUGUCCAGAAGUGAAGGUGCUGGGGCUGGAGGCCGACAAGCUGACCAUCCUGCGGGGCUGCCCGGGGCUGCCCGGGGCGGCAGGGCCCAAGGGGGAGGCGGGCACGGACGGCGGGAGAGGCGAACGAGGCCCAUCCGGAGCCCCAGGGAAGGCGGGGCCCCCCGGGCCCAAAGGAGACCCCGGGGAGAAGGGGGCACGUGGAGAGAAAGGACAGCCAUGGGAAGCUGAGCGAUGUGACACAGGACCUCGGAGCUGCUGGGAGCUGCGCACCAGGGGCCACGCGCUGAGCGGCUGGCACACCAUCUUCAUGCCCGACUGCCGGCCGCUGGCCGUGCUGUGCGACAUGGACACGGACGGCGGGGGCUGGACCGUGUUCCAGCGCCGGGUGGACGGCUCCGUGGACUUCUACCGGGACUGGGCCGCCUACCAGCGGGGCUUCGGCAGCCAGCUGGGCGAGUUCUGGCUGGGCAACGACCACAUCCACGCCCUGACCGCCCAGGGCACCAGUGAGCUGCGCGUGGACCUGGUGGACUUCGAGGGCACCCGCCACUUCGCCCGGUACCAGUCCUUCCGGCUGGGCAGCGCGGCCGACAAGUACCAGCUGGUCCUGGGCGCCUUCGCCGGGGGCACCGCCGGUGACUCGCUGACACCCCACAACAGCUCCCUGUUCUCCACCAAAGACCAGGACAGCGACACCAGCUCCUCCAGCUGCGCCCAGCAGUACGAGGGCGCCUGGUGGUACUACUCCUGCCACGUGUCCAACCUGAACGGGCGCUACCUCGGGGGUUCCCACAGUAGCUUUGCCAACGGCAUCAACUGGCACUCAGGGAAGGGCUACAACUACAGCUACAAGGUGGCCGAGAUGAAGCUGCGGCCCGCUGGGGCGGCCGAGGCCUGAGCGUCCUCGC